AUGAAGAAGCUUCUAGCUUGGUGUAUAUGACACGUGUCACACUGGUAUUGUGGCGUGUAUAUAUUAAGCAGAGUUGCUGUUAUGUUGUCUUUUUGAAUCAGUGAAAUUGUCUUGUAAGAGUUUCUAGUCUCUUCUAGGAUUCUCUCUAAGAGUUGUUAAAAAUGGGCGAUCCAUUUGGUGGUAGAUUCGGAAAUUUUGGAGCGUUUAGAGGUAGUUUGUUUGGAGGAAGAGAUCCUUUUGAUGAUCCAUUCUUCACUAGGCCAUUUGAGGAUUUGCUCGAACCAAACACCAUUAGUUCAGGUGCUCCCUUUAGUAAUAACAACGAUGGUAGUGGAAGAGGGUUAACUAUUGAAGAAUUACCAUCUGAUGGAGAAGAGGAAAUGAAAGAUAUUGAAAGCGAUGAAGAAUAUACUAGUUCUGAGAAUCAACCAUCUGUUGAGCACCCUGAAGAUGAUUCUGAUGCUGAGAGGAAGAUUCAGAAUGUGAAUCAAAGGAGUAACUUCAGUAUAAGAGAGGGUGAGCAGUCUCGAGCUAAAACAUUUAGGCAUCACACCUCUAAGGUUACAUACGGUGGUAUAGAUGGUGCUUACUAUACAUCUAGUAGAACCAGAAGAGCAGGCAGUGAUGGAGUGGUGGUUGAGGAAAGCAGAGAAGCGGACAAGACUACUGGUGAAGCCACUCAUAGGAUCUCUAGAGGAAUUAAUGAUAAGGGACAUUCGGUUACUAGGAAGCUUAACUCGAGUGGUGGUGUAGAGUCAACACAGACUCUUCACAACCUCGAUGAAGAGGAACUAAGUGGAUUUGAAGAGGCAUGGAAAGGCAACUCAUCUCUUGCUAAUCAUGAAUCAACUGGCUCUGAUCGUAGUUUUGGAGGAUGGCUUCUUCCAUCUCUGGACCAAACUCGUCGCCUACCAGACCUGUUUCAGACCGGUUCAAGCUGUUCUGCGCGUGGAGAUAAGAAAGUUGUUCGGAUCAACAUUGAGUAAACCAUAAGAAAGGUUACGUAGAGAGAUACGUACCAGUCUUUCAUGUGUAUGAACUAUGAUGUUGUAGUAUCAAUAAUUUUACAUUCGUGUAAACAUGAUCGAGUGAGUUUUGAUUAUUAGAUAAUAUUUUUGUAUCGUGACGUUUAUAUACUAGACAGAUCUAGUCACAGA